CAAAGAUUUGAAGCAUACACAGAGAUGGCUUUCUUCAUACUAUUUCUGUGCUUAACCGGCAGCUUCCUCUUCCCAAUAACAAUGGGUAGAUCAAACCAGGGUAAGUGCAGCCUCUACCGGAAUAAUAAGCUCGCAAAAUGUGAGAAAGUUUACAAUAUGAAAGAUUUGAAUGAUCUGCCUUCUACUAUUACACAUCUAGAGAUCACUAACUCUGAUUUGUUUGCUCUGAACUUCGCCUUAAUCCCACUCCGAAUUACAAACUUGGAAUCUAUUGUAUUUGAUGGAUGUAAAACAGAAUACAUCAAAAUUGAAAUAAGCCCACAGUUCACUACAGUAAGGUCUCUUUAUAUUCGGCACAAUAACAUCGAUAUCAUUAGAGAGAAUACAUUUCAACAGUUCCCAAAUGUUGUAAAUAUUGCUUUUGAUCACAAUAAAGUUAAGAAAAUAUACAAAGAUGCUUUUAACAAUUUGUUUGACAUUGAAAUAGUUAAUCUCUCUCAUAAUAGCAUAGAAGAAAUAGACGAUCAAUCUUUCAAGAAUCUUCCUAUGCUUAAAAUAGUUGAUCUCUCUUUUAACGACGAAUUACAAACUUUUGACUACACCGAUACGUCAUCACCAAAAAUAUCGUUUAUAUUUGAAGAUUCUAUAAAAACGUUAUAUUAUUCAGAUGCCCAUCAAGACAGACAGAUUACACGCCUAUGGAAGUACAGGUAUUUACUGGGCAUCGUUUUUCUUUUAAUUCCAAUACUUUUUAUACUUUUCUGCUCAUGCUGUGCAUGUUGCAUGUCUGAAAUUAUUGUACGAGACAUGCAUGGGAAUUUCAGUGAAAUAUAUGCUAUGGAAAUAGGACAAAUAAAAAUUGAGAAGCGAAUGGCUCAUAAUGUAUGGAAAGGAACACUUCGAGAUGGCAGAAGUAUAGCUGUGAAAAAGUACCUUAAAGCAUCGAGCAGCAAGCCGGACAAAGAAUUGGAUAUACUCUUGCGCAUGUCAAACACCAAGCCGAGCCCUAACAUUGUUCAGUACUUUUGUAAAGAAGAAAAUGACAACCACCUAUAUAUUGCUCUUGAACUGUGCGAUAUGAAUUUAGAAGAAGCAAUACAAAGCAAAAAAGAAGCAACAUCUUCGCAACUAACAAGUCUUAGACAAAUCACAGACGGCCUGUGGCACGUACAUAAACAAGGAAUACAACAUCGAGAUAUAAAGCCUACAAACAUUCUUCUAAAGCAAAGGGAUGAUGGCUUAUACUUUCUUAUAUCUGAUUUUGAUUUGGGGCACUUCGAAAAAGAAAAUUCAGAUCAUAAGAAACCAUAUGGCACAAUAGGAUGGGCAGCCCCAGAGCUUUGGAAAGGUGGUAAACGAACAAGUGCAGUCGAUGUAUUCUCACUGGGUUGUGUGUUUUAUUAUGUACUAGCAAAUGGUCGUCAUCCUUUUGGGAAAAUCGACGAUCUAGAGCAGUGCCAACGAAAUAUUUGCUAUGGCAUAGGGCAGCCAAAACUAAGUCAGCUAAAAAUAGAAGGUUCAAGAGGAUUCAAGCCAGUACUUGCAAAAAGUUUAAUCAAUUUUAUGAUUCAGCGUGACUACAAAAAGCGCCCCAAGGCAAGGUGGGUUAUACAGCAUCCAAUAUUUUGGACUGACGAAGAAAUCAGCAAGUUUUACCAUAAUAUUGGCAAAAUGGCAGUCGACAAAGAGCAAGAAACAUUUCAAAGGAUGGUACGUGCAGAUUCUAGUGAGGUCUACACUGGAAGCUGGACAUCCUAUCUUGAUGUGAUAGUCAAAUGUGAUGUUGAUAAACGUAUGGACAAAGCUGAUAUUUGCAGACUUCUAAGAUUUAUUCGAAACAAAAGCGAGCACUUCGAUGAGCUAAGUGAGGAUCUAAAACGCACGUACUACUGUUGUAGUGAAGGAGUAGCAAGAUAUUUCAACGAGAAAUUUUCGAAGUUGCUACUGUAUACAUUUCAAAAAAAAGAAGAACUGGAACAGUUAAAUCGCAAGAAAAAGAAUUGAACACAUGCAGUAACGUUUAGCUAGUGUACGUGUCUUUGUUAAACCACUUUAUAUAUAGUCAUGUAUGUAGAUGUAUACACUGUAGAUACAUUUAAGG